GGGGCGCGAUGGAGCCGGCGCCUGACCUGGGGCUUGGGGACUCGUCGCUGCACCGCUACCUGGACGGCGAGUUCUGGAACCUCAAGAACGAGAUGCGCAGACUUCUGGGCGGCUGCCCGCUCUUCCGGCACAGGUAUGAUUUAAGUUUGGAUGAAAUGAGAGCUUUGACAAUUCAGAGAGUGAAUUUUACCAUGGGUCUACCUCCGGUAAAGCGUGCAAUUCAGGAACAGGCAGAGAAAACAAAGAAUUUUGUCAGUCGAAGCCUUGUCAUAGGAGAAAUCCUCUCCAUUGCGGACAUGGCCACAGGAGUGAAGUGUGGAAUAAUUUAUUGGCUAUUUGGUGGUGCUGUCAGGAAUCUCGGAAGCCCCAGACAUGUUACUAAAUGGUUUCAGCCACUCCAGGAGCAGAAAUACUCGGGGAUGUUUGCGAUGACCGAGAGGGGCCACGGGAGCAACGUGAGAGGGAUCCAGACCGAAGCCACCUUUGACCUCUCUGCACAGGAGUUUGUCAUCGACACGCCGUGCGAGAAUGCCGAGAAGAUGUAUAUCGGAAACGCCAUGCACGGGAAUUACGCGGCCGUCUUUGCCCAGCUCAUCAUAAAUGGAAGAUCUCAAGGGCCACACUGUUUCAUCGUUCCUGUCCGGGAUGAAAACGGAAACUUGUACCCAGGAGUGACAGCUAUUGAUAUGAUGUACAAAGAAGGUCUGCAGGGUGUGGAUAAUGGGAUUUUAAUAUUUGACAAGGUUCGGAUUCCAAGGGAGAACCUGUUGGAUAAGUUUGGUUCUGUGGCUCCAGAUGGACAGUACCAUUCACCUAUUAAGAACAAGAGCGAAAGAUUCAAUGCGAUGUUGGCAGCACUGACUCCUUCAAGAUUAGCUUUGACUUUCCAAACCAUGGGUGCCAUGAAGCUUGGGUUGACGAUAGCCAUUCGCUAUAGCCACAGCCGGAGACAGUUUGGGCCCAAAGCCAAGGAAGAGGUGAAGAUCAUUGAGCACCAAACGCAGACCCUUCGGCUGAUGCCUCACCUGGCCACGGCCUUGGCUCUGACCUUCGCCAGCAGGUACGCUGGGGCCCUCCUGGACGAGGACAUCUUCCAGGGGAAAGAGCUGGUCAACAGCCGCUCGCUGCAGGCCCUGGUGGCAGGGCUGAAGGCCUACAGCACCUGGGAGAACAUCAGCUGCCUGCAGGACUGCCGCGAGUGCACGGGAGGCAUGGUUGUGGGGCGGGAACUGCUGACCCAAUACACCAAACACUAUGAAGAAAAACCACUCUCUGGCCUGCUCCAAAACUGGGCUGAGUCUGUGGGUGACAAGCUGAGAACCAGUUUCCUGGCAUUUAACAUGGACACGGUCGGUAAUCUCGCCUUUCUGUUGAAAGCGGUGAAUUUUCGUGAAAGGGUUCUACAGCGGGGUUUGGUGGCCAGAAUUUAUCAUAAGGUGGUGACCAAGAAGGAGGACUUUUUCAGUGCCUGGAACUCGUGUCUGCACCAUGUGGCUUCCCUGUCUCUGGCGCACACUCACCGAGUUACCUUAGAGCAGUUCUCCCUGGCAGUAAAGAGCUGUCCCGACCAAGAGGACCAGGCUUUGUUAAUGAAGUUUUGUCUGUUAUAUGGGACCAGGCUGGUGUUCCAGGAGCGGGCCUGGUAUUUAGAACAUAAAUACUUGACUCCCACGGCCAGCGUGAGGAUCCGGAGUCAGUUGCUGGAUUUGUGCGACUCGGUGAAAGAUGAUGCCCUGAGGGUGAUCUCCGCCUUUAACAUUCCACACACCAACCUCCACGCCCCAAUCGCCGGAAUCCCCAACCCGCGGGCCGCCUGGGCCUUCUACCCUGCGCCACUGCAGCCGCUGGCCCGGGACGAGGCGCGCUCUCAGAGGCCCGAGCUGGAAGCCAGGCUAUAACGGGCGUGGC